GAACUGGCACGUUUGCAAACCGCCUCGCAGCUUUACCUACAGGCAUACAUGUACCUGAAGCAACAAUGAAGAGAAGAUCAAGCAGUUCCUUCAAAUCUCCAUUACAUAAUCAAGCCAGCAACCAGAAGAAAACUGUCCUGUCUCACCCAGAUGUACUGAGGAAUGAGAUAAAGAAGCUGGAAGAGACCACAAAAAAUGUGCAGAAGGAUAUUGACAGUCUCAAGAAUAGUGGCUUUGAUGUGGCUGAACUGACAACACACAUGGAUAUGAUGCACCAUUAUAAUGAAAUCAAGGAUGUGGGACAAAUGGUUCUGGGUAGGAUUGCUGAGCUUGAUGGCGUGAGAACACGAGACUUGUAUAAAGAAUAUGGGCUUGACAUCAAUGAUUGAGAGACUUCAUGAAAAACUAUAUAUCUUGACAUGUGAAGUAUGACUUCUUAAGGCAGAUACGACUAGGUCAUCAUCGACAGAGUGGUUUUCAAGCUCGAUUUAAGAUACUUGUAUCAUGUUGAUUGUGCGAUGCCUAUCUGCUAUUCGAUUGCGAUGGGAGUUUUAGAACAGCGUUCAGUUUACUUUGGGAUGCAUCAAUAUCUAUAUAUAAUACAUCUCUAUACAAAAAAGAGUUGGAAAUGAAAUCAGUAAACAAGACAAAGUGUUUAAUUUG